AUGAUACCCCCUAGCCACGACGAAGACAACCUCCUUCCCCGGACGCCUGACUUACCUGCGGGAGCGAAUCCCAGGGAGAUCGCUGAACAAUGGAUAUCGCAGUUGAACACCCGGUUGGCAGAUGACUCGCCAGAUCUCUCGGGUCUCCUCCACGAGGACUCCUGGUGGCGAGACAUGCUCGCGUUUGACUGGGACCUCCAUACGCUACGAGGGCUCGACAAGAUCUCGGACUAUGUCGCCAAACACCAACCACGCGCCCUUGUCAGCAAAGUCUGCCUGGCCACGGAACCCGCGCAGGAGCCUGUGCUGGAGACGCCGCGGGAAGGCACUUCCUGGGUGCGGGCCAUAUUCCAUUUCUCGACGUACUGCGGCACAGGCACCGGAGUGGCGUAUUUGACGCUGGACGAGAAUUCAUCCGAGUGGAAAGCAUUCGCAGUCUACACUUCUCUCCAGCAACUGCACGGGCGCGAAGACCGAGCUGGGCGCAACCGCGCCGAGGGAACCACCGAGUCGAUGCCCGGCGGCAUCGCACAGGGGACCUGGAUUGAACGACGGCGUCGGGCGAUGGAGUUCGCGGACGAGGAACCGACCGUGCUCGUGGUGGGCGCCGGGCAGGCAGGACUGAACGUCAGCGCGCGCCUGCAGAGCAUGGGCGUGCCGUGCCUCAUCAUCGAGCAGAACCGGCGCGUGGGCGACAACUGGAGGAAUCGCUAUCGGACGCUGGUGACGCACGACCACGUCAACGUCACGCAUCUCGCCUACCUUCCCUUCCCCGAUACCUGGCCCAAGUACUCGUCCAAGGACAAGCUGGGCGACUGGUUUGAAGCCUACGCCAGCCUCAUGGAGCUGAAUGUCUGGCUUGAGUCGACGAUUCAGUCUGCUGAGUACGACGAGGCUAAGCAGGCCUGGUCUGUUACCGUGCUUCGCAAGGAUAAGGAUCAAGCGCGCGUUGUCCGGCCGUCGCAUGUCAUCUGGUGCACCGGGCAGUUCGAUGUCGAGAAAGUGCCGCAUCUCCCGACUCAGCCGCUCUUCCAGGGGACUGUCUACCACAGCAAGCACCAUCGAGACGCCGCGUUGUUGAAUCCGCGGGGGAAGAAGGUGGUGGUGGUUGGAACCGGCAACACCGGCCACGACAUUGCGCAGGACUUCUACGAGAACGGAGCACAGGUGACGCUCCUCCAGCGCGGGAGCUCGUAUGUGCUGGGCCAGGCAGGGCUGCCGCUGCUGCCGGAGAACGAAUUCGUCGAGGACGCCUCCAUCCCGCUCGAGGUGGUUGACCUGCUCUCCGAGAGUCUGCCGUGGCCGGUCGCUCUGGACCUCCUGCGUGACAAUACCAGGCAGAUCACCGAGGCGGACCGGGACCUCCUCAAAGGCCUGGAGAAGUCCGGGUUCAAGCUGAACCACGGCCCCAGCGGCCAAGGGAUCAUCGGCUUGUUUGCGAAGCGCGGAGGAGGCUACUACAUUGAUUUUGGAUGCAGCCAGCUGAUUGUCGACGGCAAGGUGCAGGUCAAGCAGUGUGCAGAGGGCGUCGUUGGCUUUGACGAGCACCAUCUGCUACUCGGAGACGGCGGGCGCCUGGAGGCAGACAUUGUGGUGCUUGCGACGGGGUACCAUGGGCCCCUCGAGUCGGUGCGCAGGGUGCUGGGACCGGCGGUUGCAGCCCGCUGCAACAAGCAGGUGUGGGGGUUGGACGAGACCGGAGAGUUCCAUUCGGUCUGGCGUCCAAGCGGGCAUCCUGGUUUCUGGUUCAUGGGCGGGAAUCUGGCUCAGACGCGGGUCUAUUCGCGCUUUCUGGCCCUGCAGGUCGCGGCCACGCAUGCUGGCCUGGUUGGUCCCCGUUAA